AUGGCAGAUGAUGACCGUGAGACACAAUUAUUCGAGUUAGAAGCGUUAGAAAGUGUGCUCAGAGAGAACAAAGUGACAAAAACGAGUGAUUGGACUGACGAAAAUGCUGAAAUUGAGGGAACCAUUGAGGUAGGAUUCGAUUCGAUAUCCGAUCCGAAGGUGACACUGACUGGAACUUCAGAAUCCGGAGAUGAAUUCUCUGUAUCCCUCGACAUCCUCCCUCCGGUUCGACUGAAAUUCAAACUUCCUAAAGAUUAUCCAUCAGAUUCAUCGCCUAAAUUAGAGUUGGAAAGUGAUUGGAUGAAUCAGGAACAGCGGAAAAUGUGUGAAUCGGAAUUAUCCAAAAUUUGCGAGGAGAACCUGAUGAUGGGAGUUCUUUAUCUAUGCUAUCAAGGCAUAAUUGAUUUGAUAGACCAAAUGCCAACUAGAACGAUAAACCUCAACGAGGCAUGUAAAAUUGGUGAAAUAUCUAUCGAAUCAUUGAAAAAGAAAUUGCUCGGGAAAGGAGAAGAAGCAGCAGAGGAGCAUUUUGUGAAUACACUUUUCGAUUGUGAGGUAUGCUAUGAUAGUCUAAUGGGAUUAAAUUGCAUUAAAUUCCAACCCUGUGCUCAUGUUUUUUGUAAAUCGUGCAUAUUUGACUACUAUCGAUCGGUGGCUAAAGGUGUUGUGUCAAAAGCAAUGCAAUGUCUGGCGGAAGGAUGCAAAAGUGAAGCUUCACAAAGUAUUGUGAAGGAAGCACUUGGAGAUGAGCUUUAUUCAAAAUAUGAAGAAGUCCUCGUUGAAAAAGCGAUUCGUGAAAUGGACGACAGUGUUGAGUGUCCCAGAGAGAACUGUCAGAAAGUGGCAUAUGUGACGGACAGACAACGGCACCUUGCCGAAUGCUCAUAUUGCCAAUUCUCAUUUUGCAAUCUGUGUAAACAGACAUUCCAUGGAAUAUCAGGAUGUAAAUGGAAGAAGGGAGAUAAGGAGAGGCUGGUUAAGCAGUGGCAAGAAGGAGAUGCGGAUGUUAAAGCUGAUAUGUGCCGACAGUUUGGAGGAGAGAAGAACGUGGCAGCUCUUGUUGAACGGUUUUUGAAUGAAGAAUGGCUGGAUUCAAAUUCUAAGCCAUGUCCGAAAUGUGCUGUGAGCAUUGAGAAGAAUGAAGGAUGCCAUAAAAUACAUUGUACAAAAUGCGACACGUACUUCUGUUGGCUGUGUACUGCAGUGCUCAGUAAGGAGGAUCCGUAUCAGCAUUUCCAAGGAGAUGGCACAUGCUCCGGUCGACUCUUCGAAGGCGUACACCAAUUUUACGAUGAUGACGAUGAUGACGAUGAGCACGAUGAUCUUUUCGAGUUAGCAUUUGAUGAUGGAAGUGAUUAUGAGGAUGACGAAGAUUCGGAUGUAGAAUUCCAGUUGGAAGAGUGGCUGGAACAAGAAGGACACUUUGAUGAUGGUCCUGAUGGUACUACUUUUGAAGAGGAAGAGGAGGAGAAAGAAAAAAUUGAAGGAGUAGAAUAA